AUCAACCCAGAAAACUGAGAGUUGGUUAAAAGGAUACAGAAGACGACAUGAAAGCCGUUGCAACAUUUUUGAUUGUGCUGAAUUUAUUCUCUGCCUGUUAUGGCUGGACCUGCAGAGCCGCCCCUCAGAUGUUUCCUGCUGCACAGAUCGAUGCCGGUCAGGGAAAAGUUGUGAUGACAGACAGAAAAUCCAACGUCUUCUACCUGAGUGGAUCAACAUGGGUUGCAAUUGGCACAGUUGACCUCAAGCACGUCUCAGUCGGAUCUGCUGGAAUCUGGGGAGUUGACUCCUCUGACAAAGUCUACAAAUUUGUGGCAGGAGAUUUCCUUCGCGUUUAUGGUCUGGACUUAAAGCAGGCGGAUGCUGGAGGUCUGGGUCAUGUAGUGGGAGUAAGCAAUGAUGACACCAUCCACUGCCUGAAAAGUGAUGUUGCAUCAUCUUAUAAGGCUGUUGCCACUGUGAGCUGGAAUAAUCUGCCAGGGUCUCUGAUGUACUUCAGCUGCGGCCUGUAUGGAUGUUGGGGCAUCAAUUUCAACUUUCAGAUAUUUUUUACGAAAAUUACACCAACCACCUGUGAAUACAGCGGCUGGAAACUUAUAGACGGAGCUGCAAGCAUGGUUGAAGUUGGGGCUGAUGGAAACGUCUUUGUUGUAAACUCUGCGGGCAAUCUCUUCCAAAG